AUGGCAGCAUUUCUCAAGCCUAACCAGACCUUCAACGCUUCUGAAAUUCCAUCAAAUAUCAGUGCAACUUCAACUGCAGUACCGCACACAUUAACGGCCACUGUUAGUGUCAUAUUCACCGCCACUGUUGCUUACAACAUUCUGUUCAUACUGUCGUUUAUACGCACUCCGGCGCUGCGGACACCGUUUGCUUUCUAUCUGCUGAAUGUUUCCUUAUGCGAUCUGUGCUUGGCAUUGUUCAGUAUGACAGGCUUUAUCUGGUUCACUGCCUUUCCAAUGUCCAGUGGCAGUUACUGUCCAUAUUAUAAUUUUUUCAAUGCCCACUUUCUUGUCGGGAUUGGUUACACCGUGGUGUUGGUGAGCAUUGACCGACUACUAUCCGUAUUCGCUCCGGUGUACCAUCGAAGAAUGCAUUCGGUGCGGUGGACAUCAAUCAGCUGCAUUAUCAUGUGGACCUUUGUCAUUGCACUGGUGUCGCCCAUGGUCAUAAUGGACGCUCUGCAUUACGAUACAAUGACGCUACCGUGUUUCAUUAAUUACGAUGCGCAACCGAGUUACACACUCGUCUUGGAAUUUCUCGGUUUCGAUACACCGCUGUUGUUUGUGCUAAGCAGUUACGUUGCUAUCAUGUUCAAAAUGAAUCGCCGGUCACACAGGAAUCGAACUGCAACGUGUCUGCAGUACACAAGCUGCAUGUUCAAUCCGCUCAUUUACCACUCCUCUCUUCCCGGUCUCCGAAAAGCAGUGAAGAAUUUAUUACACUGUAAUUGA